AUGGGAGACCUCUUUGCAUUGCUACACGAUAUCACCAACAUCGUUGUCGAGAUGGAGUUUUGCGAAGAUUUCAACAAACUGCAGCUUAUUCUUAAUAACACCAAUCAAUACGUGCGUUCCUUCGAUAAGAUUGUCUUCGAUAGCGGUAAUGAGCCCUAUAUUAUUGAAAUAGUUGCUCGUCUACUAAAAUACUUACGUAUCCAAAACUAUCUGGAUGGAGACAAUAAAGUAAACAAGCAAUAUGAGAAAAAACUGCGCCGAAUCACAAUGUACAUGCUACUAAAUACGGAUGUCUGUUUCCGCUAUGACUUGGAGCAGGACUCACGUGUGAACCAUCUGCUGAAUAGCCUACCGCAACUAACGAAGUGCCUUCUGUUCAACUGUAUCUGGGGACUCGAUCUGGACCGCUUCCUGUACGAAAUGCUCCGCUACGCUCCACUUUGGUUUUCCAUGCAGUUCCUAGACCAAGCCAUCGUUAGCCUGAAGUAUGCCAAACCGUACGAGGUACUAGAACGCGUCGAGUCAAUGGUAUGUGCCAUCUACUUCGCAAUCUGCCGAACUGACUGCGACUGGCGCAAGAUCGAUCGGAAUCGUUUCGUCGACCAGCAACGUACGCUUGGGCGUAUGUUUGAUUUUAUCGCGGAAAUGUUGAGCUUUUUUAAUACCCAGGAUAUUGCCAAGUUCGAAGGCUGGUCCAAGCUACGCAAACACCGAUACGUCGGCUUCGUUCUGAAACACAUGUUCAGCAUGACUAUGGCUUGUCUAGAUAUGUACUUCCGCAAACCUGCCAUUACCGUUGAUCCCGACAUGGCUGUGUACGAGUUGAUGGAUGAUCGGCACGUCUCCAAGCCAGCUAUGAGGCAGUACUCGCAAGCGACAGACACCGCCCUACUCAAAAUUAACCACUGGUUGUUGAACACGCUCGAGACAUGCCUCAAACCCGUGACAGUAUUUUGCUUGUGCUACUGGACCGAGAUCGACCUGUUUAAAGAGGGUGAGGAGACGCUCACGCUGAACCAGGUGAUCGGUGAAUCGGCUUACCGUCUGUAUGAAGAAUUGAAAUCGCACAAGCACUUCCGGCACAGUAUCACACAUCAUCUGCCACAGUUUGCCCAGCGACCCAAGACGUUGGCUGAUAAGGCAGCUAAAAUGCCUCUAGGCAUGCUAUUGAUGCGUAUCGACGGUGCACAGUCUGAGGACGAACGUCUUGUCUACCUGAACGAGUUCGUUAGCCGAGCAGGACUAGUGUUCGAUAACGCAGAAUGCUUGGAUACAAUUAAGCAGCAUAUGCGACAGCUUAGAGGAGAUCACGUUCGGUCAAUGAUCGAGUUCGACACACGUGAGCCCAUAGACGACGACAACGAAUCGAUGGAUGACGAUGAGAUCUCUGAUGUGCGCAUUAAGUUGCGCGAACUGAUCAUGGGCUGCGUGGACGUAUUGCCACCGAAAGACUUCUUUAACAUUUUCACAUUUGCCGUCGAAACUUUUGGAUUGGACUUCUGUCACUUUCAGCAACCGGACAUGAUACCAUCCAUGAUUCAAUUAAUAAAUCGUCUACAAGAUACGUCUGCUCAGCCCGACGCUGAUGGACCACCGAAUGUGCAGAAACUGCUCUUUCAAGCCCCAUCUGUAUUUUUCUCUCGACUGAUACGAUCCUUGUACGACACCAGUGGUAGAAGCAGUCAGGAUAAGUACGUUAACACAAUCGUAUCUAUCAUCUUGGAGUACAAAUCUGUCUCAAAGUUGUAUCUACGCGAACACCUUGAAACACUACUAGUACGGGACUUCGAUAUCUGUCGCUCUCUGGCCUUGCGUCGACUAGUGCAGCAAUUAUACGAGGUGCAGCUUUUCGAGCCACACGAAUAUAUUGAACAAUUUGUGUUAAAAGGUCUAGUGGAAGCAUACACCAAAAAGGAGCGACCAGCUCUCUACGAGUUGCUAACGCUCUUCGGUAUCGUUUACCCAUCAUAUGCGGCCAUCGAAACGACGGACCAAGACGCCAUCAUCAAAAAACAGCAACUACUGAAAGCUGCAGUGCUUUGUUUGAGCGAUAUUGCGUGCGGAAUGCGCUUUACAGCUUUACCGGACGACGACGAUAGCAACAUUGAGCCGGGUAAGACGAAACUCGUCACGAUGGCGCUUCAGCAGUUGGUAGCGGUGCUGCAGAAAUUGCAGCUAAUAAUAUCCAACGAAGAUAAGCAACGAAUGUUAUUAAAAAUCGAGCAAGAAAUGCCUCGCAGUAUACAGUACUACUUUAGGAAGCACAUUCGUAUGAUUCCGUUGUCGAAUGAGGAUCACGAGUCGUUCGCAGCCUUUAUGUACAAAGGUGAACUAUCUGCAUCUUCGGAUGACAUGAAAAUAUCGGCAUUUCUCUUACGGGUAUAUCCCCAGUGUACGCAAACGGAAGCACUUUCCCUGGCUCAGGAUGAGCUGCUACGGUCCCAUAUUCCGAAGGUGGUAGAAUCCUUGCAAUGCCACUUACCGGCAACAGGCAACGAAAGUGCAUACAUGCGGAGCUGCAUGAGCAAUUAUAUCCAAUGUUUGAUUCAAGUGUUGCUACCAGCCAAGUUCGAACAUGACUGUGCCACCGAAACGCGUAACGGAGAAAUUCGUCUCUUGGUUGAUCAACUUUGUAAAAUAUUGGACAAAGCAUAUGCUAAGCCAGGGGACGGUAACGAGAUGGAUGAGAUGGAUACGAGCAUGGAUCCGGAACAGAAAUGCGAUUCGUUGGAUGCUGCUAUGUGCAAGAAAUAG